AUGGCCGACAAGGACAAGGAUGAGACCUGUCCAGCCCCAGGAUCCUCGGAUCCGAGUUUAGAGCCCAAGGGGGAGAACGGCUGGUGGCACCUGAUCUGCCACCAGCACCAGGAGCUCAUCCACCACGUGCAGCAGCAACGAGAAGACGUGUUGAGUUCAAAAAGCAACAAAUUAACAGAUGCACUUGAACAAGCCAACCAGCUGUUUAACAGAGUAUCCCAAGCAAGAGAAGCAGCCCUAGAUGCCCAAUUUCUUCUUUUGGCUUCAGACUUGGGUAAAGAAAAAGCAAAUACAUUGCAUUCUGAGAUGACCUUAUUUGAUCCAACAUCAUAUGCUGAAGAUUUACUUAAGUAUAUGGGCCUAAAUUGACUUGAAGCACUUGAAGUACAAGAAAGUGAUAGUGAGGAAGAACCUCUUCAUAUUGGAUACUUACCUGAUAAUUCCUGGCUCAGAGUAGGAAUAAUAUCAGUAAAACAAUUCAAGAAUGCUCCAACAUUCCACUUUUUGUUUGGUUCAUUCAAGACUGAUCCUCCUAUGCCAAAACCCCAAUUGCCUCACCAAAAAAAAAAAGAAGAAGAAGAAGAAGAAAGGGCCAUGCCUGCUGAGUUGAAAAAAACGGAGGAGUCCCAACAAGAGGCUACAGAAAAGGAGGUAGAAAGGAUCUUGGGAUUACUGCAGAUUUAUUUUAGAGAAAAGCCUGAGACUCCCAUAUCCUUCUUUGACUUUGUGAUUGAUCCAGAUUCUUUUGCACGAACUGUGGAAAACAUUUUCCAUAUUUCCUUCAUUGUAAGGGAUGGUUUUGAAAGAAUAAGGUUUGACCAAGAUAAACUGCCAAUAAUAGAGCCCAUUGGGGGUAACGAAGAAAGUGAACAACAAAGCACCCAAAUCAGGCACCAAGAUAUUAUAUCACUGAGUUAUCAAGACUGGAAGGACAUUGUGAGAACUUUUGAAAUUUCACAGCCUAUGAUCUCCCCUUCUUGCUGUAGCAAGUAAAAUCCAAGCUUGCUAAGGUGUG